AUGGCUCAAAGAUGUGCCGAACUCGUGAACUCCCUUCGGGAGCAAGAAGAUGCGUUAGAGAAUGCCAAGUUAAGGGAGGCGGUUGACGAGUUGGAAGGUGUCCUACUCAAGAUACGCAAGAAAGUCUUUGAAUGGGCGGACUUAGGCCGCGUCAAGUCGUUCAUGCGUCAAGAACAAGUAGCCGAUGACAUCGACACCUUCAAUGGGUUACUAGAUACCCAUAUUAACAAGUUUCAGAUUCUAACGUCCAUCGAGCUCAACCGCCAGCAACGGAAAAUGGACCUGUAUAGACAGAACGACCAGGAAGAAAUGAAAGAAAUGCUCCAUAAGAUCAUUCGGAGUGUGGAUGAUCUUGCCACCGCAGUGGGAAUGAGGGAUGACGUUCCAAAACUUAUGCAAACAAUACAAGAGGAACUAAAAGGUGAACAGCCCGAUACGGAGAAGUAUCAAGCCCUUCGAGGCGGCCUUGACACCCUACAUGUCAAAACUGGGAUCUUGCCCCCAUUAACCGACCUGACCGGGCAGGUUACCAAACUCAGUGAACAUCCCGUCGCGGAGGGUGGAACCGCCGAUAUUUACGAAGGCCAUUGGGUGGGAGACGAGAAGGUGAUGCUCAAAGCCAUCCGCCACGUGGAGAGUGGAUCUGCGACUCGGGCAAACGUGGUUAUUUCGGCCUCUGAGGAAGCAUUAUUGACGGACUUUGGGCUCAGCAAGAUUGUCGCCGAGGAAGAAGGUAUGGAUGCAGCUUCCACUAGCUUGGAGAAUGCUGGUUCAGCUCGCUGGAUGGCUCCGGAGCUAUUCCAAGUUGAAACAAGCACCUCUUCAUCAGGAGUCACGUCGUCGAGUGAGGUACUCACUGGCAUGCCUCCUUUUUCUAAGCUCCGCCUCGAUGGGCAGGUUAUUGCGGCGCUCAUCCAAGGUAAUCUCCCUGAGCGUCCUGAACCUCGAGACGCAAUGCACCAACGCGGGUUGUCGGAUGAGAUGUGGAAACUCAUAAACCAAUGCUGGGAGUGGAAGCCCACUGCGCGGCCAGAAAUGCGUACACUUGCGUCUGAAGUCCGGAAGCUCCAUACAGAACACUUGAGAAAAUAUGGUGUAACUAGCCUAUCCGGAAGCAAUCUAGGUAUUUAUCAGGCGAUGUCACUUUUCGAUAGCUCGGCUACCCACAGCCCUUAUAUCUCUCCCGCUACCGCCAUUCCCAUUCCCAAGGCUCCCGGGACUCAGCAACGUCUGGAUACUCUGGGCGGGUUGAACUUGGGAUCGUCACCAGACACAGCUUACAACUGGCAAGGGAGCAUAGACCGUUCGCCAACUAUUGCAAGGGUUCCCCAAUAUCGGCCUCGGCCGGGAUCUGUGUUCAGCCAUCAAUCCGAUAUUGCUGCGCCACAUCCCGAGGGACAUCCUAUCAUUAACUACGAUGAACACGGAAAUGUACUCACUGGGAAUUUGGAGGGCUUGGUAAUGCAUCUGCUUUGUGGCACAACUGCAACGUCCAUGGACAAGCAAUUUCGGGAGUGUUUCCUAAGUGUUUACCGAGGAUUCGCUCGAGUUGAGGAUCUAUGGCCUAUGCUAGUCGAUCGGCGAACUAUCAAACUCAGGGAAAUGAUGUUGGCCAUCUUGAAUGAUUGGCUUGAGCUCCAGGCUAUUGAGCCAAAGGAUAAAGGAUUUCUGUUGGGUAUAAAAAACUUUAUUGAUGAAAGCUUUUUCGACGAACCACUGGAUGUAAAUUGGAGUAGGUUGCAAGAAAGGAUCCAAUGGCAUUUAAUCAACCUAAAUCAGUUUGUUGAUGAGCCGCCCAGUGAGGCAGCUGGACGUACUAAAUGGUCCGAGCUUGACGCUGCUGCUGUUGCGAAACAGCUAAUGAGGAUCGAAAGCAACUUGUUCCAAAAGAUAUUACCGUCGGACUGCGCCACUCGCCUGAAGAAUAUAUCAGACGAAGAAUUGCUGAACAUACCUCGAUUCUUUAAGAAUAAUUAUAGGGUUGAGGAUUGGUGUCUUUCCUUGAUCUUAUUCAUCGACUCGAAUGAUAUCGAGAAACGUGCUCAGGCUAUCACUUUUUUAAAGCGAGUUGCCGAGGAGAGCCUCAAAAUUCGUUCAUUUUCCAGCGCGCAUGCAAUCAUGUCAGCGCUUACCCAUGCCCAUGUUAAUGGGCUUGAAUAUACCUGGAGACUUGUUGAUAGACGUGUAAAGGAAGGAUUGAAACAAAUGAGCCAACUGUUGUCUGACGUCGACAAGUACAAAAAUGCCCUGAAUUCGAACCUGCAGCUACCUUCGGUGCCGAUCCUGUCCAUCCAUCUCAGAGAUCUAUCUCGAACCUAUAAAGAACUACAGACCCAGGUCGUCGUGGAGGGUGAAGAGCUUGUCAACUUUCAGAAGUUUACAGAGGUCUGGAAGAGCAUCAAAGAGUUGAUGAAGUAUCAGUUACCUCGACCGGACAUCCCGCAGGAUGACAAGGCCUCAGCGUACCUUGAGUAUGUUUUUGCCCAGAUCGACGGCAAUUCAGGCUUGCAGGAUCAGCUCAAGGCAAAGAGCGAAGAACUACAUCGGAGGGAAAAACGAGACUUUAAUCUUAGGCGAUUGGGAAUGGAGGAUGCAGGUUUCCGCCCUCCUAAGAAAAGAUGA